UCAACUAAAAUUUCUGAAACUUGAAGCCCAGCCAGUGACGAACAAUUAACGUUAAAAACUGCUGUUCGGCGAAAGUUUUUUUUUUUUUAGAGGGCUGCGGUCUAAGGCACAAUAUUAUUAUGUUGGAAGAUCUUCUCCAGUCCUCCACUUCACUAUGCCUGCUGGUGGCCAUCGCGUGCAUUCUGGUCUUCCAUCGUGUUCACUCCAGCUUUAGCUCACGAGACCAGAAGAAUGCACCUCCUGGACCUACACCUCUUCCCCUGCUCGGUAACUUGCUUAAGGUGGAUCUCCGGAGACCGGACAGCAGUCUCGUUCACCUGUCCAAGAUAUAUGGACCUGUGUUCACAGUCUACCUCGGACAGAAGAAGAUUGUGGUCCUGGCAGGAUACAGGACAGUCAAAGAGGCUCUAGUCAACCAUGCUGAGGAGUUUGGAGGCCGAGAGGUCACACCCAUACUGUAUGAUUGGAACAAAGGGCACGGCAUAAUGUUCACCAAUGGGGACUUGUGGAAAGAAAUGAGGCGUUUUGCUCUCGCUACACUUCGAGAGUUUGGAAUGGGCAAAAGAAUUAGUGAAGAGAAAAUCCUAGAGGAAUGUCACUACCUGAUGGAAGAAUUUGAACAGCGUGGAGGUAAACCCUUCAACAAUUCUCUGCCAAUUAAUUAUGCAACUUCAAAUGUCAUAUCAGCAAUCCUGUUUGGAAAGAGGUUUGAGUAUAAAGACCCCGUCUUCCAAGCCAUGGUGGGAAGAGACCAGGAGACCAUCCGACUGAUUGGAACAGCCUCCAUCCUGGUAUACACCGUGUUUCCUUGGCUGGGCCCUUGUCUUAAGAACUGGAGGAUACUGAUGAAGAAUGUGGAAGCCAACAAGGAGGAACUGAAACGAAUCAUUGUGAACCUGAAGGAAACUCUGGACCCUGACAUGUGCAGAUGCUUUGUUGAUGCAUUCCUGACUCGUAAACUUAAUCUGAAGGAGUCUGAAAUACACGAUUCACACUAUCAGGACGAAAACCUGAUCUACAGUGUGAUGAAUCUGUUUGUAGCUGGAACUAAUACAACAGGAAAUACAAUUCAGUGGGCUUUACUUUUCAUGGCCAAGUACCCCCAUUUUCAAGACCAGGUCCAGGAGGAGCUGAGCAGGGUGGUCGGAAGCCGUGAGGUCCAGGUAGAGGACCGGAAGAACAUGCCGUACACUAACGCUGUAAUCCAUGAGACACAGAGACUGGCCAACAUCGUCCCCAUGGCCAUUCCUCACAAAACCAGCCGAGACGUCACCUUCCAGGGCUUCUUCAUCAAAGAGGUUAGUCGCUCACACACGUCCGCAGUGCACUCUUCUCUGAAAACAGUGCUUUGUUUCCAAAUGACACGCCUUGCUCUCGUCGUUUGCCUCCAGGGGACGACUGUGUUUCCUCUUCUUACUUCUGUCCUUCGCGAUGAGAACGAAUGGGAGAGCCCAAACUCUUUUAACCCCUCCCACUUCCUGGAUGAGAAGGGCACCUUUAUCAGGAGAGAUGCCUUCAUGCCCUUUUCUGCAGGACACAGGGUGUGUCUCGGAGAGAGUCUGGCCAGAAUGGAGCUGUUCCUCUUCUUCAGCUCCCUCCUCCAGCGCUUUCGUUUCACUCCUCCACCUGGAGUUAAAGAGGAGGAACUGGAUCUGACACCAACUAUGGGCUUCAACCUCAGCCCGACGCCUCAUGAGCUGUGUGCCAUCAUGUCGGUCAUGGAAAACCUUUUCCUGCUGUCCCCCAGUACGACCACUCUACUGGGAACUGUUGGGAUUCUACUGGUCUUGUAUGUUUUCUUCCCCAACGUUGACCAUCAGAGAAAGGAGCCUCCAGGACCCAGAGCGCUGCCUGUGCUUGGUAAUCUGCUGCAGGUGGAUCUGAAGUCACUCCACACUUCGCUGUUUGAGCUGUCCAAGAAAUAUGGAUCGGUGUUCAAAGUGUAUUUCGGACCCCAGAAAUUUGUAAUCCUGGCAGGAUACAAGACCGUGAAGCAGGCACUGGUCAACUAUGCCGUGGAGUUUGGAGACAGACACAUCAAUCCAGUUGGCAAUUUACUAGGUCAAGGAGUCUUGUUUGCCAAUGGGGAGUUAUGGAAAGAAAUGAGGCGUUUUGCUCUGAGCAACCUGAGAGACUACGGGAUGGGCAAAAAAGAAUCAGAGGAGAAAAUCAUUGAGGAGAUUCAGUAUCUGAUCAAAGUGUUCGAAAGCCAUGAAGGUAAACCCUUCAAUGUUACCAAGUCAAUAAACUAUGCCGUUUCCAACAUCAUCUCUUCAAUUAUCUAUGGCAGCAGAUUUGAUUACAGUGAUGAAGAGUUUAAACAAAUGGUAAACCGAGCCAAUGACACCGUUCGACUUUCAGGCACUCCUUCAGUACAGUUGUACAACCUUUACCCCCGGAUAUUUCAAUGGGCGAGCAACAGGAUGCGUCUCAGCAAGAAUAUUGCUGAAAACCAAAAACAAAUAAGGCAUCUGAUCGGACAAUCGCAAGAAACUUUGAAUGCUCAGAUGUGCAGAGGAUUUGUGGACUCGUUUCUGGCCCACAAACAGAAGCUAGAGGAUUCAGGGACGACAGAGUCAUACUACACCAUAGAUGUCCUUGUGCCAACUGUUGGGAACCUCUUUGCUGCCGGUACUGAUACGACAGGAACUACGCUGAGAUGGGGCCUGUUGUUCAUGGCCAGAUAUCCUCAAAUACAAGACCAGGUCCAGGCAGAGCUGAGCAGGGUGGUGGGCAGCCGUCAGGUCAGGGCAGAGGACAGGCUGAGCCUGCCCUUCAGCGAUGCUGUCAUCCAUGAGACUCAGAGAUUCGCUAAUAUCCUUCCCAUCUCUCUUCCUCACAUCACGUCAACAGAUGUGACUUUUCAGGGUUUUUUUAUAAAAAAGGGGACCCCUGUGAUUCCUCUUUUGACAUCUGUUCUGUGGGAUGAAAGUGAGUGGGAGAAACCAAACACCUUUCAUCCUGCUCAUUUCUUGGACAAGGAUGGGAAGUUUGUCAAGAGAGAUGCCUUCAUGCCCUUUUCUGCAGGACGCAGGGCGUGUCUGGGAGAGAGUCUGGCUAGGAUGGAGCUGUUCCUCUUCUUCACCUCCUUCCUCCAGCGCUUUCAUUUCACUCCUCCACCUGGAGUUAAAGAGGAGGACCUGGAUCUGAGUUCAGCUGUGGGCUUCACCCGCCAACCGACAACUCAUGAGCUGUGUGCUGUCAUUCAUGAGGGAUUACAAAAUUAAAAAAUACUUUAGCUUUUAUCAAACACGUGUUGCACAGUGGAAAUCUUUUGAGAUUGCAAUACCACUGAAAACCAGCUUAUCUAUCAAAUGUUAUCUUCAGAUGAUUAAAGUCAGUUCACACAAAUACAUAUGUUUCCUCUCAUCUCCAGUGCUAAUUAUCAAUCUAUAUUGUUAUGUCAUUUUUGAUUGAUUACUCAAAACAUUUAAAAGGUGCUAAAUUUCAAAUGAGUCAUUGGAUAACUAAACUGACAUGUUUAAAAGUGCAGAGAAAGUUUGAAUGAAUGGUGCCUUACACAAUAAAAUGGGGAAAUAGUUUGGAUAAUAGCAAUUUAUUAAAUGUUUUUGCAGUUAGAAUAGAGGUAUGAAAAAGUAACAGUUUGUAACUCCUAGGGUUAUAAAAGUUAAGAAAUAAACAAGAAUUGUGACAAAAGCUAA